UACAUGCACUGCAAAAAAUGCUUACCCUCACAAGUGAUUUUAUUUUAUUUUAAAACAGAAAUUUCAAUUUCAAUUUCAGAUGUGAUUAUUUAUGCAUAAAAAGACAUUAGAUUGGAAAUGAUUUCAUUUAUUUCAUAUAAAUGAUUUAAUAAGUCAUAUCAUAAUAUAAUGAAGCACAUCCCAUUGCUUGGAAUCAGAUGAACUAUUAUUAGGCUACUAUAGAAAGAUCAUUUCACUCAAACUGUACCAAAAUUAGGAGAACUGAGUUGAAGAUCAAGUCUUGUCACUGAGCUCCUUGUUAUUUGCUGAGCAUGCUAGGAUCUUGUUCCACCAGGACUGACACGUCUCCGUCUCCCUGGAUCCCCCCACACAUACUUAGCCUACUGCCUCGACAAAAUGAAGCAAAGAAAAGCUGCCCUCUGAAUCUCUACCGGCUUCUAGGAAAAACUUACUGGAAUUCAUGUAGCAUGGAUCAUGUGCUGAACAUGUCUGACUCAUACAUCUUCACUCCCUACGUUUACCCGGCAUCAUGGACCGAGGACUGGGCUGUGCGUCAGAUAAUCAGCCUGUGGGUGGUGACCAACCUUGGAGCUGAGCUAAUUUACCUGGGCUUUGGUACUCUUAGCUUCUACUAUGUGUUUGACCAUAAGCUCAUGAAACAUCCACAGUUUAUUAAGAAUCAGGUAAGAAAAGAGAUUCAGCUAGGAACUGUUGCCAUCUUCUGGAUGAGCUUCCCUACAGUGGCACUUUUCUUCUGGGAGGUCAGGGGAAACAGCAAACUUUAUGACAACAUCAGCGGAUCUCCUCUGGGCUGGUCCGGGGUCUUCCUGAGCAUUGCUGGUUUCUUGUUCUUCACUGACAUGAGCAUCUACUGGAUACACCGCUCUAUGCACCAUAAGAACAUUUACAAGCACUUACAUAAGCAGCACCAUAUAUUCAAGAUCCCUACGCCUUUUGCCAGCCAUGCCUUCCACCCACUCGAUGGCUUCCUGCAGAGCUUGCCCUAUCACGUAUACCCUUUCGUCUUCCCCCUUCACAAGGUGGUCUAUCUGUCACUCUUUGUCUUUGUCAACAUCUGGACCAUUUCCAUACACGAUGGAGACUACCGCCUUCCCGGCCCCCUGAUAUGUCUGAUCAAUGGUGCUGCUCACCACACAGACCAUCACCUCUUCUUCAACUAUAACUACGGACAAUACUUCACGCUCUGGGAUCGUCUAGGGGGCUCCUACAGACACCCCUCAGCCCUGCUGCGGAAGGGGCCACAUGACCACAUUCGCGAGCUCAAGGCAGAGGCUGCACAAACGCAGUGA